AAAUCACCAGUAGACUGUUUCAAGUUCCCCCAGCAGAAACUCUGCCUGAUUUGUGGCCAAUGCUGGGGAUGUACGAAAAGGGAGGAAAACACUAAGCGGGUAGCUAUGGAGAUAGACCGUUUUCCUGGCCGCUUCCUUUGACAGGUGUUGAGUUGGUUAAAAGUCUUCAAACAGAGUCCACCAUGUACGCCAAAGGGAAAGGAGCUGUCGUUCCAUCCGAUAAUCAAGCCAGAGAGAAAUUAGCUUUAUACGUGUACGAGUACUUGUUGCAUGUUGGGGCCCAGAAAUCAGCACAGACCUUCCUUUCCGAGAUCCGAUGGGAGAAGAACAUUACACUUGGAGAGCCUCCUGGAUUCCUCCAUUCAUGGUGGUGUGUAUUCUGGGAUUUGUACUGUGCCGCUCCAGACCGCCGGGAGACCUGCGAGCACUCCAGCGAGGCCAAGGCCUUCCACGACUAUAGUGCAGCAGCAGCCCCCAGCCCCGUAAUGGGCAACAUGCCCCCCAACGACGGCAUGCCGGGCGGACCCAUGCCCCCUGGUUUCUUUCAGGGGCCUCCCGGCUCGCAGCCAUCACCACACGCACAGCCUCCCCCACACAAUACCAGCAACCCCAUGAUGGGACCACACGGCCAGCCUUUUAUGUCUCCACGGUACCCUGGUGGACCUCGGCCAUCUCUUCGCAUGCCAAAUCAGCCUCCUGUAGGAGUUCCAGGAUCACAACCACUCCUGCCAAACAGUUUGGACCCAAUCAGACCACAAGGACAUCCUAACAUGGGCGGUCCGAUGAGAAUGAAUCCUCCCAGGGGGAUGGGUGGCAUGGGCCCUCAGAACUAUGGUGGUAUGAGGCCUCCUCCCAACUCUCUAGGUGGUCCAGGCAUGCCCGGAAUGAACAUGGGUCCUGGAGGACGUGGCCCGUGGCCAAACCCGAAUGCUAACUCGAUAGCAUACUCCUCCUCAUCUCCAGGCAACUACGUGGGUCCUCCAGGAGGAGGUGGUCCACCAGGAACUCCCAUAAUGCCAAGCCCAGGAGACUCCACAAACUCCAGUGAAAAUAUCUAUACGAUGAUGAACCCUAUUGGACCAGGAGGAAACAGACCCAGUUUCCCCAUGGGUCCCGGUCCAGAUGGCCCAAUGGGCGGCAUGGGUGGCAUGGAACCCCAUCAUAUGAACGGAUCGUUAGGCUCUGGUGACAUGGAUGGGUUGCCAAAGCCUUCUGGGAUGUCCCACGAGCAGAGGACUCGCAUGAAAGUGGCCCAUCCCAGCUUGUGCAAAAUGGCCACCGGCAACAGGAAACAGUCCCAGAGCCACAGGAAGAGCUUGUUGACUGAAUCUCCCUGCCUCCCGGACUUCCUCUCUGGUUCAGGACACUAA